AUUUCAAUUCAAAGAACAAAAUUGUGCUUUAAUUGUACUUUAAAUGAUAAACUGUUAUAUUUCCAGUUUAAGAUACUUCUAAUACCUCAACAACAAAAAAAACCUUCAACCAGAAUAACCUGAUUGUUUCUCAACAGGUCCCAGCCCAAGGAAACCUUUGUUCCACCAAGGUAUAGAACAAGCUCCAGCAAUUCGUCUCUUGCAAAUCCUUUCUGGCGACACUCGCUUUCCAAAAUGUCCGAGUUAAAAGCAACUCGUCUAGAGCUGGCCAUUUUUGCUCUCUGCAAAGUUUUUGAUGAAUACGCCAGUGCAGAGGGCAGGAAGGACACGCUGAACAAGACAGAAGUCGGGACGCUGGUAAAGAAAGAGCUGCCCCAACUUUUUGAGGCAGCACAGGGAAACCCCGAUGGGCAAACACUUCUGCUGGAUUUUGAUGGAGAUGGCGAGAUGGACUUCAAGGAGUUUAUGGUCGCCGUGUCCUGCCUGGCCUGCAUCUUCAAAACGGCUUGCGCUGAAUAAAACUGAUUUCAGUACUUGAAUGAAAA